AACGAUUCGUCUGUCCGUUAGUCACAAACUGUUGCCCAGCAAUCUGCCCAUGACCGAUCAGCAUCUGUUCAUUGGGCUUGAAGCUUUUGCUCUGCUCACUCCCCCACUGGUCCAGAGACAUGUUUUGAUUUUGCAUGAUGCCCUCACAACCGACAAGUUUCUGACUUACUUCAUCGACUUGGCGUCUUCAUCGUUGUGGCAUUGAGAGU